GCCAGGACGGGAGCGGGGCGCGCGGGCGAGCGCAGGCCCUGGGAGAGGAGAGAAGCGCGGAGCAGCCUGAAGCCGCAGCGGAGUCCCCCGCGGGACCGGAGCCCGCCGCCGCUGGCCAGGAUCCCGGCGAGCGCCCUUCUCCCGUGGCCUGGCCGAGAGGGCGCCCUCGCCGCCUGCCCAGCCCGAAGAGCGCUGGGGGCCGCGCUCGCCGCUCCCCGGCCAGCCCGAGCCGCCGGCCACUCGGGGCGCGGCCAGCCAGCGAGCGCCCCAGGAGGCAGCCGGCGCGAGGAGCGGCUCCCCCCGGGCGCGACCCCCGCGCGCCCGCCGCGCGACGAUGAGGGCGCGGCCGCAGGUCUGCGAGGCGCUGCUCUUCGCCCUGGCGCUCCACACCGGCGUGUGCUAUGGCAUCAAGUGGCUGGCGCUGUCCAAGACGCCCGCAGCCCUGGCUCUGAACCAGACGCAGCACUGCAAGCAGCUGGAGGGCCUGGUGUCCGCGCAGGUGCAGCUGUGCCGCAGCAACCUGGAGCUCAUGCACACCAUCGUGCACGCCGCCCGCGAGGUCAUGAAGGCCUGCCGCAGGGCCUUCUCGGACAUGCGCUGGAACUGCUCCUCCAUCGAGCUGGCCCCCAACUACCUGCUUGACCUGGAGAGAGGGACCCGGGAGUCCGCCUUCGUGUAUGCGCUGUCAGCAGCCACCAUCAGCCACGCCAUCGCCCGGGCCUGCACCUCCGGCGACCUGCCUGGCUGCUCCUGCGGCCCUGUCCCAGGUGAGCCACCCGGGCCCGGGAACCGCUGGGGAGGAUGUGCGGACAACCUCAGCUACGGGCUCCUCAUGGGGGCCAAGUUUUCCGAUGCUCCUAUGAAGGUGAAAAAAACAGGAUCCCAAGCCAAUAAACUGAUGCGUCUACACAACAGUGAAGUGGGGAGACAGGCUCUGCGUGCGUCUCUGGAAAUGAAGUGUAAAUGCCAUGGGGUGUCUGGCUCCUGCUCCAUCCGCACCUGCUGGAAGGGGCUGCAGGAGCUUCGGGACGUGGCCACGGACCUGAAGACCCGCUACCUGUCGGCCACCAAGGUGGUGCACCGGCCCAUGGGCACCCGCAAGCACUUGGUGCCCAAGGACUUGGACAUCCGGCCUGUGAAGGACUCGGAGCUCGUCUACCUGCAGAGCUCCCCCGACUUCUGCAUGAAGAACGAGAAGGUGGGCUCCCACGGGACGCAAGACAGGCAAUGCAACAAGACAUCCCACGGGAGUGACAGCUGCGACCUCAUGUGCUGUGGACGUGGCUACAACCCCUACACGGACCGCGUGGUCGAGCGGUGCCACUGCAAGUACCACUGGUGCUGCUACGUGACCUGCCGCAGGUGUGAGCGCACGGUGGAGCGCUAUGUCUGCAAGUGAGGCCUGCCCUGCCCUGCCCCGUGGGAGCUCCUGGGGGCCCACCGAGGCCCACCGAGGCCCACCGAGGGGCCUGGAGACGCCUCGUGGAGUUUUGCUUGUGACUUCCAAAUGCCAGGCAUUGGAGGCGGUUGGUGCUUCCACUUGGAAGCUACCAGGAACAGAAGGAGGGCCGGGACAUCAAAGGAAACGGACAAGAUUAAAAAUAACCUGGCAGCCCGAGGCCCUGGAGUGCCCACUUGCUGCCUUCCAGGCCGGUCUAAGGAGCCAGGGGCAUGGGAUUGGCAAGACUGGCAUGGACUUGACCUUGUGCAGCCAGAUCACCGGCCUCCCAGGAGGGAAGGAAGGGGGUGCUGCCUGCCCUCACAGAUGUUCUGCGGGCCCGGCCCCCCCGCCGAGACCCCAGCCCCCAGGGUCGAGCCUGCUGGCCCACCACAUGGAACCACUAGCUUGGGUUGUAAAUGUUUUUCUGUUUUGUUUGUUUUCUUCCUCUGGGAUGUGGGAGCUACAGAAAUAUUUAUAAAACAUAGCUUUUCCUUUGGGGUGGCUUGCCUCAAUUCCUCUUUAUAUAUUUUAUAUAUAUAUAAAUAUAUGUAUAUAUAUAAUGAUCUAUAUUUUAAACAAGCUUUUUAAACAGCUGUAUGAAAUAAAUGCUGAGAGAACCCCA